CCACCAGAAUGACCUUCACCGCGGCAAGAGACGGGAACUUGCCAGAUUUCCUCAGCUACAUCCAGGUGGACCGGCUAGUGCCACUCAACUCCAUGACGUCAUUGGUAAUCAUGGCUUUGCUAUUUAUGAUAUACGGUGAUGUGGGAACAUUGAUCAACUACUCAAGUUUUCUCAACUCACUGUACAAUGCUGGGGUUUAUUUAGCUUUAAUUAUCUUCAGGUUUAAAACCUUCAAAAAUGUGAAGAGGGUAAUCAAGGUUCCACUACUCAUACCAGUGCUAAUGUUCCUACUGAACAUUUACUUGUUUAUCGCCCCUUUGGCCAUAAACCCACAGAUAGAGUUCGUGUAUUUUGGAGGCGGGGCUUUAGCCUUGAGUACAAUCAUUUAUCUGAUGUUUGUUCACUUUAAACUAUCACCACCAUUUUACGACCAAUGUGUGACCCAACUUCAGUUGAUCUUAAGACUUGCUCCACCAAAAAGAUUUGAAAAUAUUCAGUAAACCUGUGCCAAACAUCUGA